AUGCUGGACAGACAGGCCCAUCUUGGUUCAGACUUUAAAUCAGUUGGCCUGACGUGUCAAAUGUCAAAUGUCGGACUGAGUAUUAUUAUGUUAUGUCUGCAGCGUGCUCUGACCAGGACCAUUGUCAUGUCAGACAGUGCUUGUCAAUUGUCAGUGGUCAGCUCAGCUGCGCAGGCUCGCGACAGGCUGACGACCUGGGAUUGGACCUGCUCAUACCUGCUCAUCCAUGGUGCUCCUGGCGAGUUUAACUUUCGGGGCGAUGCGUGGUUGUGGUACCUUGUGGUGUCAGUUGUUGAGUCUGUGUCAGUCUGUCACUGUGUGUGCAGGGCGUAG